AGGAGAAAAAUUAUCUAAAAUUUUUCCUUCGCUAUUAAAAUACCUUAUUAUAUUCGGGUUUAUCAGAGAUAUAACAAAGUUGAGAGCACAAGAAUAACACUUUAUCCAAUGUAGAAAGUUACAAUAAAGGCGGAGAUGGAAUUGGACCUUCAAUAAAAAUAGGAAACAAAUACACAAUGUUAUUAGAUUAAAAAAAAAUUCAAUUUAAAGUCCCUUCGUUCAAUGCUUGAUUUGGGCCUUUUACAAAGCCCAACAUUUCUUGUUUUGGCAAUUAGCGGUUUCUUAACACUUUUUUGUUUUUUUGUGCCUUUUGCUUUUAUUGGUGAAUUAGCUGCUAAUAAAAUAUCUUCAACAACAAUAAAUAAUUUUAAUAAAAAUGAUACAAAUAAUUUAAAUAAUUCGGAAAGUGGUUCAGCUUCCCAAUUACUUUUGGUUCUUCUUGGUAAGAAAGAUAUAGAGAAAAGGAGAAACAUUUUUUUGUUUUUAGGCCUUUUUAAUGUUGUUGGACGUGUUUUAUGCGGGUAA